AUGUCCUCCCCGAGUGCAGCGCGCGUCCCACGCAGGAGGAAGACCAAGAUGAAGCACUUCGUGCAUCAGAAAGUGGAGGUGUUCCGCGCCGGGGAGCCCGUGCCCAGCGUGCUCAUGUGGGGAGUCAAUCACUCGAUCAACGACCUGUGCCAGGUUCCUGUGCCUGUCAUGCUGCUUCCAGAUGACUUCCGAGCCAGUACCAAGGUCAAAGUCAACCACCACCUCUUUAACAAAGAGAAUCUCCCGGGAGAAUUUAAAUUCAAAGAGUAUUGUCCGCAAGUCUUCAGGAACCUACGUGAGCGCUUUGGCAUUGAGGACCACGAUUACCAGGUGUCUCUGGCUCGCAGUCCGCCGCUCAAAGAUGGAGAGGGGACAUGUGAGGGCCUGCUGCUCGCGUCAUAUGACCACACAUUGGUGGUCAAAGAAAUCUCCAGUGAGGAGGUGGCGGAAAUGCACAACAUCCUUUCUGAGUAUCACCAGCAUGUUGUCACCUGCCACGGUUCUACACUGCUCCCUCAGUUCCUGGCCAUGUACAGAGUCACAGUGGAGAGUGAGGACACCUACCUGCUGGUCAUGAGGAACAUGUUCAGUCACAGACUGCAUGUCCACAGGAAGUAUGACCUCAAGGGCUCCCUGGUGUCUCGAGAAGCAACUUUUAAAGAGAAGGUCAAGGAGCUUCCCACUUACAAGGACGUGGACUUUAUGAACAACAUGCAAAAGGUUUACGUGUGUGACGAGGAGAAAGAGCGCGUCAUGGUCAAGCUUCAUAGAGAUCUUGAGUUCCUGGUGCGCAUGAGGAUUAUGGACUACAGCCUCCUGCUGGGUAUCCAUGAUGUGGAGUGGGCUGAGAAGGAUGAGGUGGAGAUGGAGUCGUCUGAUGGCGAAGAAGAGCAAGAUGAAAGCAGCCUGUCUGCGGUCCCACGCUCCAGAUCACCUGAAGGCAUCGCCGGCUACAUGAACUCCUUCAAGCCCAUGGGCCCCGGGGAGUUUGACCCUUACGUGGAUGUGUACGCUAUCCAGAGCGCUGAAGGCGCACCGCGGAGGGAAGUGUAUUUCAUGGGUCUGAUUGAUGUGCUGACACAGUACGACACCAAGAAGAAAGCGGCUCAUGCUGCCAAAGCUGUCAAACACGGGGCAGGAGCAGAAAUCUCCACAGUUCAUCCAGAGCAGUAUGCCAAGCGUUUCAGAGAGUUCAUCACCAAGAUGUUUGCUUAG